GAGGAUGAGGAGGCGCGGGCGCUGCUUGGGAACCUCCCCGAGGGGGACAGCUCAGUCCGGGGCGCCCGGCGCGCUCUGCCCGCGCUCUGCGACCCCAGCCACCUGGCGCACCGGCUCGUGGUGCUGUUGCUGAUGUGCCUUCUUGGCUUCGGUAGCUAUUUUUGCUAUGACAGUCCUGCUGCCCUUCAGACUCAGGUUAAACGGGACAUGCAAGUGAAUACUACGAAAUUCAUGCUGCUGUAUUCCUGGUAUUCUUGGCCUAAUGUAAUUUUGUGUUUCUUGGGUGGCUUUUUGAUAGACCGAAUAUUUGGAAUACGAUGGGGCACAGUUAUUUUUAGCUGCUUUGUUUGCAUUGGACAGGUUAUUUUUGCUCUGGGUGGAAUAUUUAAUGCUUUUUGGCUCAUGGAGCUCGGGAGGUUUGUGUUUGGGAUUGGGGGAGAGUCCUUAGCAGUUGCCCAGAACACAUAUGCUGUGAGUUGGUUUAAAGGCAAAGAAUUAAACCUGGUGUUUGGACUCCAACUCAGCAUGGCCAGAAUUGGAAGCACAGUGAAUAUGAACCUCAUGGGAUGGCUGUAUACUAGGAUUGAAGCUUUGCUGGGUUCAGCUGGCCACAUGACCCUGGGAGUGACACUCAUGAUUGGGGGUGUGACGUGCAUUCUUUCACUAAUCUGUGCCUUGGUCCUUGCUUAUUUGGAUCGGAGAGCAGAGAAAAUCCUUCAUAAAGAACAAGGAAAAACAGGUGAAGUCAUUAAGCUGACUGACAUAAAGCACUUCUCUUUGCCCCUGUGGCUGGUCUUCAUCAUCUGUGUCUGUUACUAUGUAGCAGUAUUCCCUUUCAUUGGGCUGGGCAAAGUUUUCUUCAUAGAGAAAUUUGGAUUUUCUUCCCAGUCAGCAAGUGCAAUUAACAGCGUUGUAUAUGUCAUAUCAGCUCCCAUGUCUCCAGUGUUUGGACUCCUGGUGGAUAAAACUGGAAAGAAUGUCAUCUGGGUCCUGUGUGCAGUAGCUGCCACCCUCAUAUCUCAUAUGAUGCUGGCCUUCACCUUUUGGAACCCCUGGAUUGCUAUGUGUCUCCUGGGACUCUCCUACUCUUUGCUUGCCUGUGCAUUGUGGCCAAUGGUGGCAUUUGUAGUUCCAGAGCACCAGCUGGGAACUGCAUAUGGAUUCAUGCAGUCCAUUCAGAACCUCGGGCUGGCCGUCAUUUCCAUCCUUGCUGGCAUGAUACUGGAUUCUUGGGGAUACUUGCUUCUGGAGGUUUUCUUCAUUGCCUGUGUUUCUUUGUCACUUUUAGCUGUGGUCUGUCUGUAUUUGGUGAAUCGUGCCCGAGGUGGGAAUCUAAAUUAUUCUGCGAAACAAAGGGAAGAAUUAAAGCUUUCUCAUACCGAGUGA